ACGACAUACACACUAAACAACGAUGCCCGCUCAACGGAAACCUGAAGUCACGGCAGAGUUCAUGGCGUACAUGGCCAACGUGCUCAAGCCGGGCUCGGAGGAGGACAACCUGAUGUCGAUCGACGAGGACGAGGAGUACAAGUACCUGUACGACGAGUUCCGCUCGGAGGGCAAGGUCGACCCCACAGUGAUGGAGAACGAGGCCAAGUUCCUGCAGUCGCUGCAGGAGGGUCCGCUCAAGCCCUCCCCAGGGCACUACGACGAUGAACACGUGCAUGUAAGUACGACCGCCAAGACGCUCACGCUCAAGCACUGGCUCAUCUCCCACCCUAUUCUCGUCAUCGAUCUCGAUAAAGUGAUCUACCUGCGCUCUGCGCCAGAUGUAGUGGUAAACGAGUUCGGAGUCAAGGUGUGGGGCAUUGGGGAGACGGGUGUAGGGUGGACACGGGACGGGCACAGGAAGGGCGCCUCGGGAACGGCAUACGACCACAGCUUUGUGUGCAAGUACACCGAUGAGCGCUUGGGAUUGAGGGCGGGUUUCUCUGUUGACGACCCGCUCAAGUUCUCCGCUGCACUCGAGAAGGCCGCUCAUGGGAUCACGGCUCGGCAUACCUACCCUUGAACAUCAGCACCUAUCAUACGAUGAGCGCAAGUGUAGAUUCGUCCAUGAUACGAGAUGAUACGACGCGCAUGAAUGAGAGAUUGGGCGACUUGUAUGAAUACGCGGAGAAGGAAUGAAUGAAU